AUGAAGAAGAAGAACGAGCUUUGCUUAUACAGCAGUUCAAAUCGAUAUUUCCUUUUACCAGCAUUAGACCCAACCAUUAGGAAAUAUAUUCAUGUACCUUUGCAAGGAGAGAAAAGUCAACAAAAAACUAAUUUGAAGGGUGAAAAUUUUGCUGAAUCUGUUCGUCGUUGCAAGGAAGUUUUAAAUUUAGUCUUCUAUGGCAUGACUAAAAUCAAUAUUCGUAAAAAUGUCAAGCACAAACAAAAGAAGUAG